AUGGUUAAGCAAGAGAGAAUGUCUUAACACUUCCUGCCACGCACCAGUCAAUCAUUGCGUUUUGGUUCGUGUAUACAAACUAAUCCUUCGGUGUCGACAAACCCGCUCCUCGGUGAAGAACAGAAUUAAAACAAGCAAGGAGCCAUGCUUUGUCUGGUCCCUCACCUUUGCCAUGGGAGACCCUACCAGGGGCGUGAAGCCCCAGACAACUUAGCUCCUAGGAUCAUUGGGACACACAAACCCCUCCACCACGAUAAGAUUCUCAGUCAUCCAGGCCAUGGUAUUCCACAAAGGCUGAAUCGAAACAACUGGCCUCUUCUAAUUUGUUGAAUUGUUUAUUUUUUUUUCCUGUGUUGCGAAAUGUUUCAAAUAUUACUUAGGGUACUGUGCUAUGAGGCUAAUGGCUUACAGCCUAGAAGUGGUUUUCAUUGAAACAUUUAGUGUAAUUAUGACUACUACCGAAUGGCGUGUUCCGAUUUUACGGACAAAAUUCGGACUGGCAUCCCUGCGAUUAAUACCCACUGCCUCUGGGGGGCGAUGUCGUCAACACUACGCCAAAAACCGGGCGACAGGAAGCGGCGUCACUGUCGUAGAAUCUCGCUGAAAACGGUGCUAUUCUCAUCUUUAAAAGUGCAAUAAAACCGGAAUUAGACUAGUUUCACGAGGAGAGAAUGUGCCAGUGUACUGAAAAUGUUCAUUUGACGUUUGUUGAUUUGGGCUGAAACAAAGGGGAAAGUUUGCUCCAAUGACAACUUGCGACAUAGAUGGGCGUCGUGUAUCGGGCGUCGUGAUUGGUCGAGGGGCAAAGGAGGACUGUUGCACACUCACAAGCAAGUCCACUGGUAAACUUGGCGAGAUUUUUUUUUAAUUUAUGCUUUGUGUUUAUGUAAAUGUCCUUUUCCUCGGCUCGCGUCGGAUAAUUUGGAUUCCACGUGUGUUUGGGGGCGAGGUGCCGCCGAUGAAAAUCUGCGUCUGGAGUGCGCGGCGAGAUAAGAAUAUCGACUUUAGAUGCCGCUUCGGAGGACACCAGUCGCCUUCCUCCCGCUGAAGUGAAGAGAGCUUCGGCUGUAACUAACCCGAGCGGCACCAUGCAGGGAAAUGUCGGCGUCUACGCCGUGAAGAGGAGGAAAAAGCCCACUCAGAAGAAUGCCGCACCGCCACCCGUGAAGACCAAUCCGUCCAAGCGGCACCGGGACCGCCUCAACGUGGAGCUGGAGCGCCUGACCAGCCUGCUGCCUUUCUCCGAGGACGUCCGCAACCGCCUGGACAAGCUGUCGGUGCUGCGGCUCAGUGUGGGAUACCUCAAAGUCAAGAGUUACUUCCACACGCACCGCAGAAAUGGAACGCCGCUUCCUCCCCCCGACGGCAGGACACAGUCGGUGUCGCAAGACGGCGUCGGCUUCUCUGAGGGCGAGCUCCUCCUCAAGUCGCUCAACGGCUUCGUCUUGGUGGUGACUGGCGACGGCACCAUUUUUUACACUUCGCCCACCGUUCAGGACUACCUGGGGUUCCAUCAGUCCGACGUGGUGCAGCAUAGCGUCUUUGACCUCAUCCACAUCGACGACAGAGAAAUGUUCAACUGCCAGCUGAAGCUGGGCGUCCACCUCAGCGAGACUGGAGCGGACGCCACCGUAAAAGCGGCCAAGAGCAGCUCAAACAGUCUCCUGCCUCCGGAGAACUCCUUCUUCCUGGAGAGGAACUUCUGCUGUCGCCUCCGUUGCCUCCUGGACAACACGUCUGGAUUCUUGGCUUUAAAAUUCUCCAGCCAUCUGAAGUACUUGCGGGACGACGCCGGCCCCGAGGGGAACCCUCUGCUCGCCCUGUUUGCCAUCGCCACGCCCAUACAGCCGCCGCCCGUCAUGGAGAUCCGCACCAGGACACUCAUUUUUCAAACCAAGCACCGGAUGGACUUUGCCCCCAUGGCCGUGGACACCAGGGGCAAGCUGGUGUUGGGUUACUCGGAGACGGAGUUGAUCACCCCGCGUUCCGGCUAUCAGUUUGUGCACGCCGCCGACAUGAUGUACUGCGCCGACAACCACCUCAAGAUGAUCAAGACGGGAGACAGCGGCUUUACUUUCUUCCGGCUGCUCACCAAGACGGGACAGUGGUUGUGGGUACAAGCCACCGCCCGCGUCGUCUUCAAAGACGGACGGCCCGACUUCAUCAUCGCCCGCCAGAAACCUCUAACGAAUGAAGAGGGAGAGGAACACCUUCAGCAGAGAAGACAGCAACUGCCAUUCAACUUAGCCACGGGAGAAGGUGUCCUGUACGAUCUUUCCCUAGAUGCUUUCACCAUCCCGGGGCCUGCCGGCACCGAGGAGCCCCCGGCGAAAAAUCAUCUGGAUCCCAGCUCCAUCCUGGGAUCCUUACACCGCCAGGACCGCUCACUUUAUUCCCAGAAGCCCGUCACCCAAGUCCCCGUCUUCUCCCGCAUAGACGAGACUGAUCUGGAUCAGCCCCUGGAGCGAGCCUUUUCGGACAGCCACGCUCUGCUCAGCGUUCCGGGUCAGCUGGAAGAGACGCCCGGCUCCGGGGGCUUCACCGCGCACCCCAUGCUGGACUCGCUGGAGCAGAUCCUGGGAGACCUAGCCGAGGCCAGUCUGGACGGUCUAGAGGUGGAGCAGCGCGAGCUGAGAGACUGGGAGAACACGUUGGUGAGGAUGAACCAAGACAGAGAACUGGAUCAGAUCCUGGCCAACGACAUCUUCUCCUAUGUGGAGGAGGCCCUCGGGAUGAAAACCUCGGGAGGGGAAAGAUCUCUUCUGGCUUCCCCGGACUCUUCGAGGCCGUUCGACUACGGACAGGAAGUUCUUCCUGGCAUUUUGUUUUCCGGUGUAGCGCCCUCUCCCAACGCUCAUGUGGGACAUUGGCCCGCGAGCAGCGGUCCUCACCACCAAGGGAUUCCCACCCGCUCCUGCAGCUUUGAAACAACUUGGCCACCUUCAAUGUUGACCUCCAACACUGAGCUACAGUGGGCACACUCGAAUCCUUCCCAACAAGCCGCGUGGCCUCAUCCCCACGUGGAUGCGAAGGGCCCACAGUUGUACGGCAGCUGCAUGUAUGAACAGCUGGCAAACUCUGGCCCUCCUGUUCCGCAGAGGCCCCCGUUCAGUGGGCAAGUCCACUUUGAGGCGCCAAACACGGGCUUCGCUCCACCGCACGUGGUCCGGCCCUCCGCCUCCACCAUUGGCCAGACGCAACCACCCGCAUUCGGCGACAUGUCCGAGGCGGACGUUUCCCGACCCAAACGUGCACCAGAAAACGGAGCAUUGGAGUCCACCUUCUUCUGCUGGAACGGUCAAGCUCAGAUGCCUAAAGUUGCCCUGAACCCGUACGACUUCCCGGUGCAUCCCCCCGGGAGCCUCAACAUUUCCCAAAACACCGGCCCCUAACCACCCGGAGCCUAGCCCGAAUCCCCGCCUCUUGGAGAGGAAAAAAGCCUUCUCAUUUCAAAGGGACUGAAUCGCUGCUGUGUUUUAUUGUCUUUUCGUAAAGCCAAUGGGAUGUCUUUCACCCAGAAGAAAGCCUUAAUUAAAGACAUAGGCACUUUCUCAUACAUACAGUGCAUCCGUGAGCUUCACUUUUUCCACCUUUUGUUGUGUUACAGCUUCAUUCAAGACAACUCUACAGAAUGACGUGUUUAAAAAAAACAAAAACAAUUUUGUAUUAAAUUAAUCAAGGCGUGUCCAACCCUUUUCGUGUGAGGACCACAACUUUGGAAGAACUUGAGGGGCAAAUAUGAGAAGUUAUGUCUUCCAUCCCACAAUAGUUCCUUGUGAAAUCAUUUAAUGCGGUUCCCAGGCGGCUUGAGAAACCAAUGCUGGCGUCCAUAUCGAAUUUUAAAUAAAACUCCAUGCAGUACACUUUCUUCUCAUGUUCAUUUCUUGUAAGAAUUAUAGUACUUAAAAAUAGGGAGUUACUUUUCAAUCACCCAGUAUAUUGUUUAUAUAUUCAAAUUAUUUUGAAAAAUUGCUAUGUCAGAGCUUUCUGUUAAAGGUAAUAAGGGAAAAAGAUUUUGGGGUGGCCGGCGGUCCUGUAUCCCCACUCGGAUAGAACCGCCCCUGCACUGAACAGCAGCCGAAACCCGUCUCCACAUUCAGAACCGAAAUGAGCAAUCUCUAAUAAGAUGAACAUUUUUAAAUCUGUUACUUGAAGCUCAUUAAUAACAUAAUACUCUAUGUUCACAAAUUGGACCUCGACUCGGAGCAGAAAGUGGAGGAAACCAAAAGAAGCCAGCUAAAAAUUAAUUAUCUUUAUUCACCAUAGUUAUGAAGGCAAAUUGGGUUACUAUUGUAGUUGUAAAUAGUUAAUUUGCAUCUUUGCAGGUCUCAAAAGCUUUACAGUACAAUAUUUAAUUUCUUCAUUUCCAUUUCUUUGACAGCCUUACUUCUCAUGCUGCCCCUUUUUUUGUGUGUGUGUUACUAGCAUUGUGGGUGGGCCGUGUCAAAUGGCAUCUUUAACAUUUGCCACGGGCCGCAAAUGGCACCCGGGCCGUAGUUGGGACACCCACAUUUGUAAUACCGAUGUCAUUUCAAAGCGUUACUAUGAAAUUCCGUGUGUCGCUUUGGAAUGACAUCAUAUAUGGGGGGUGUUGUUUGUGGAACAAAACAAAAGUGGGGAAAAAAAGUGAAGUGCUGUAAAUACUUUCCGGAUGCACUGUAUACAAUUUAUAUAUUUAUAUAUACAAUUCUGUUCAACUACAACUAAUGCGAGACAAUUUUUCUAUUUUUCAAUGUUGCUUUCAAAGCAACGUUUUGAGCCGAGUCGCUUUAGUUUGACACUCAAAAAGGCGGACAGUUGUCCAACUUUGCAACAUUUAAAGAAUUGCAAUUUAUAUGAGUACAACUUAUGUUAUUGCAAACUAAAGUCGUAGCAACACUUUGCGUAGCCACUAAUGUACAUUGAAGGGUUUCACCGAGCUCUUAGGAAACGCUUGUAAAGCGGCUGCGUGUAUCCAGACGCGUUGUUGCGCAGAGAUGAUUGACGGCGCUCGGGCAGCUCAACUUCAACACCAAACGUCGACGUCAACGGGAUCUCUGCCAACAAGACUUGUGUUUAGUUUGUAUUCUUGCUUUUCUAAUAAACACAACCGCGUGGAUGGAACAAGCGGUCCGGA